AUGAGCUGGAUGAGGAGCUGGACAAUGAUGGAGAAAGAUAAUGCCCUGUGUUUGUCAGUACGAGGCGAGACCCCCAAGAAUGGGUGGAAUGUGAAUACGUGGGGUGUCCUACCAGCAGGGAACACAAAAAGCAACACUGGAUUGCACCUGGUGAUUGGUGUGACUAUUGCUCCAUUGCUACUCAUGUCAAUGCUAUCAGACAAUCAAGAAAUACUGCCAAGGCAUCAAGAUGUGCUCAUCCUGCAUGUGCCACCUGGGAAUGUAGUCCUGACAAUUUUGAGGAGACCAUACAGUGACCCUAGGGCUACUGCUAAAGACUAUAAUGCCAACCACAUUCGUCAUGAGCUUGAGUCGGAAAAAUUUGCAAAGCUGUUGGCAUUGCUGACUAUGCAAGAAACCUUGGUUGUUGUAGUGAAUGUGGUUGAAUACAUGUUCCUGUUGUGUGCAGGCGAAAGGAUCUGGAGAGCAGACUCCAUGAGCAGUACCUCUAGUGCUUGCCUGGUACUCAGGAGGGAGAUGGUAGAGCCUGAUGAGACACUCUCAAAUGCUGAUGAGUUCGUCAUGUGGGGUGGUCAGAUUGACCCCAAAAAUAGCAGUUGGAUUGCCCCCUCCAGCAAAGUGAAGUUCAACUUCCAUGUCGGAUUGGAGUACAUGUCAAUAUUUGAGGAGUGUUUGGAGGCCAGUUUACCUGUCAAGAGCCCUCCUGCAAAGAAAGACAAAGGGAAAGCAAAGGCCAGAGCUCCCAAGAGCACCCUAGAACCCAUCUGA